GACCGACUUCCGGUAACUUCUGAUGCCGCGGUGCGCGUAGGAGCAGACGCAGUAGUCGGUCCCGGAGGUGGUUCGCCAUGCCCUACGCCAACCAGCCCACCGUCCGAAUCACGGAGCUUACCGACGAGAAUGUCAAAUUCAUCAUCGAGAAUACGGAUCUAGCGGUGGCAAAUUCUAUUCGGAGGGUCUUCAUCGCUGAGGUGCCCAUAAUAGCCAUCGACUGGGUUCAGAUCGAUGCCAACUCCUCCGUCCUUCAUGACGAGUUCAUCGCUCACAGGCUUGGAUUGAUCCCCCUCACUAGCGAUGACAUCGUGGACAAGCUGCAGUACUCCCGGGACUGCACGUGCGAGGAGUUCUGCCCCGAAUGCUCGGUGGAGUUCACUCUCGACGUGCGGUGCAACGAAGACCAGACUCGUCACGUCACGUCUCGAGACCUCAUCUCCAACAGCCCCCGGGUCAUUCCGGUGACAUCCCGGAACCGAGAUAAUGACCCCAAUGAUUACGUGGAGCAGGACGACAUUCUCAUCGUCAAGCUGCGGAAGGGCCAGGAGCUGAGACUGCGUGCCUAUGCCAAAAAGGGCUUCGGCAAGGAACAUGCAAAGUGGAACCCGACCGCAGGGGUGGCUUUCGAAUACGAUCCCGACAAUGCCCUGAGGCACACAGUGUACCCCAAGCCAGAGGAAUGGCCAAAGAGUGAGUACUCGGAGCUGGAUGAGGAUGAGUCACAGGCGCCCUAUGACCCCAACGGCAAGCCGGAGAGGUUCUACUACAACGUGGAGUCCUGCGGCUCCCUGCGCCCCGAAACCAUUGUGCUCUCCGCCCUCUCUGGACUGAAGAAGAAGCUGAGUGACUUACAGACCCAGUUGAGCCACGAGAUCCAGAGCGACGUCCUAACCAUAAACUAGCCGCAGCUCGCCUGCUCCGGCGCGGAGGGAUCUGAGCUUCAUCGCAGGUCUGUCCGUAGACGCUUCCAGGUCUGGGCAGCUGUCACUCACUCCUCGGCGGGCCUCUGUACCCACCAGAGAGGCAGCAGUGGGGAAGGCAGGCCCAUCCCAGCCUCGCUUGGUCACAGGGAGAGCACCAGGGUGAUGCUGGUGUCCAAGGCAGGACAGUCUUUCUGGGACACUGAGCACGCCUGGCCCUGCCUGCUGAUUGGCAGCCCUCUCCCGGAACCCAGACCCCUUCCCCGUUGCCGAGCCUGCCUGUAGGGGUCGCACUGCUUCCUUGUUGAAAACCACCGAGCUGGUCCCUCCUCCUCUGGUCAUUUCAGGUUUGGGUUUUUUUGUCCAAAAGUUGGUAUGUUAGGUUUCUGGUGUUAGGGGUGAGCGCGAGAACUCCCAUUCACGCUGCCUACAAACCCAGGGCCCGCCUGCUGACACCUCAGAUUCUCGAGCGUCCCUAACUUGAGAACGGUGUUAGACCCUGGUUGCAUGCCCACCCCCCCAUAAACCCUGUAUUUCACUCUCUGCCCCUGAGUUGGGGCUUCGCUGCCAGUGACCCCAUCAUUUAGUUUGGGGGUAGACAGUGGGGGGAGUGCAAGGGCCUGUGUCCUGCAGGGAGGAGCAGACACAGCAGUUAUGAGGCAGCCUGGGAGGAGGGGUCUGGAGAAAUGUGGCAAUACAGUCCAGAAAGGAAGUGACAUUUAUUAACAGUAGAGUUUUUAUUUUUGGCAAUAAAGAGCACAACAUAA